CACUAGUUUAUCAGCCAUUCAGCCCAAUAAUUCCGAAACUACCCAGUUAAUUACUUAUGCCUUAGUCGCUACGGCCAUCACCGGAAUAUUAGGCUUUUAUGAGGAAAAUGUUAAAGAAACCAUCGAAACCAAGACCCACGAGUUUAAGCAAUUAAUUCAGCAAAAUGCUGCCAUUGGUCAGAAUACCCAAAAAGCCUUAAUUGCGAUUGCUUUGGGAAUCUUCUUGCUGUUGGCUAUUGCUUACUUCUGA